UUUUUCCUUAGAAUUUCGAACACAGCAUUUAUGUUUUAUACCAAUCUUAUUCCUCUGUUGUCGAAAAGAGAGCAGAGUAGAGAUUAGAAAAAAGGCUUUCAGGAAAGGCACGAAGAAAGACAGAUCUGCGAAGCUCUGAAACUGCUCGACAAUGGCGUCAAAGCUUCUACUUUUCACCGUCUUUGUCUUUGAUGUCAUUGCUUUUGGCUUGGCUAUUGCAGCUGAGCAAAGGAGAAGCAUUGCAAAGAUAGUUGAAGACACAGAUGCCAAAAGAAACUAUUGUGUAUAUGACUCUGACAUUUCAACUGGGUUAGGAGUUGGAGCAUUUCUCUUCUUGAUGGCUAGUCAGAUCCUCAUAAUGGUGGCUAGCCGCUGCUUUUGCUGUGGCAAGCCUCUGAGUCCCGGCGGUUCGAGGGCUUGGGCAGUCGUUCUUUUCAUAACUUGCUGGGUGUUUUUCUUCAUUGCCGAGAUUUGCCUGUUAGCGGGUUCGGCUAGGAAUGCAUACCACACCAAGUACAGAACAUUGCUUACUGAUACUCCUCCCUCUUGUCAAAUGUUGAGAAGAGGAGUGUUUGCUGCAGGAGCAGCUUUCAUUUUCUUCACUUCCAUUGUUUCUCAGUUCUACUACGUUUGCUACUCGAGGGCCCGGGAGAGCUUUCAAUCAUACAACAAAGACACCGGCAUUGGCAUGAGUACCUACAAAUGAGAUUCAAAAACAUCGUUUUCAAUCAUGUUCCACUUCAAGAUAGUUCUCUUUUCACCUUUUGUAGUUUUCAAUCCAGUUUAUAGAAGCCUAUAUAGGUUGUCUUUCUCUACCAUUCUAUGUUUCAACCAAACUCCGUGGUCGAUGGUUUUUGUGUCGGUAUCAAAAAAACCAUUGCUUGUUUGAUCAUUUAGGCAAUGUGAUGUUGAGCUGUAGGAUAUUCUGCUGCUAUUAGUAGAUGAACAUUUAUGUUGCAGGACAUUGUUUCUUAUUCUUUCAUCAUUCUUGUAUAACCAAUGGAAUUUAAUCCUUCUAUGCCUCUUCUGAAAUCAUUGUAUGAUGUUCUCAAAGUUUAUAAUGGAAAUGCUUCUCUCCUCUGUUAA